AAUUAGCAUUUUAGUUUUAAAGUGAUUUUUAAGUACAAAGGAAAAUGCUCUAGAUUAAAUUUCUUAGUUCAGCAAUAAAAGAGUUAAUAUUUAAGUAAGCAGUAGAGACUGAGAUACUGCAUGGGGUUAGUGCUUUCCGUCUCUGUCAUUUGUAAGAAAAGGGGGUGGUGUUCUGCAUUUGAAAGGACUUUAAUGAAUGCUGUCAGUGUUUGUGAGAGCUAAUGGUCAGUAUGUGAAGGAGAGCCGGGGAAAGUGGUCUAGCUGCUUCAGGAUAGGUGGAUGAGAGUUUGCUCUGAUUGAACGGAAUGUUCCACCGUGUUUCAUCUUUAUUCAUUAUCCUUUGUUCUUUAUAAUCUGAUAUAUUGGUAUAGAAGUAAAUGUAGAUAUAUAUGUGAAUGUGAUUUAUUUUCCUUUAAAUCUGUUUGUUGUGUACAGCAGGGCAUAUACUUCUCUUGUCUUGGUUGGAUGCACAAAUCUGUGUGCAGUGCUUUUUGCCCGUUGCCUAGACGAUCACUUGGUUUCUCUGAGGAUGUCUGGUUCUCGUAAAGAGUUUGAUGUGAAGCAGAUUUUGAAAAUCAGAUGGAGGUGGUUUGGCCAUCAAGCAUCAUCUCCUAAUUCUACAGUUGACAGCCAGCAGGGAGAAUUUUGGAAUCGAGGACAGACUGGAGCAAAUGGUGGGAGAAAGUUUUUAGAUCCGUGUAGCCUGCAAUUGCCUUUGGCUUCAAUUGGUUACCGAAGGUCCAGCCAACUGGAUUUUCAGAAUUCACCUUCUUGGCCAAUGGCAUCCACCUCUGAAGUCCCUGCAUUUGAGUUUACAGCAGAAGAUUGUGGCGGUGCACAUUGGCUGGAUAGACCAGAAGUGGAUGAUGGCACUAGUGAAGAAGAAAAUGAAUCUGAUUCCAGUUCAUGCAGGACUUCCAACAGUAGUCAGACAUUGUCAUCCUGCCAUACUAUGGAGGCAUGUUCAUCAGAUGAAUUUUUCCAAGCCCUAAAUCAUGCUGAGCAAACAUUUAAAAAAAUGGAAAACUAUUUGAGACAUAAACAGUUGUGUGAUGUAAUUCUAGUUGCUGGUGAUCGCAGAAUUCCAGCUCACAGAUUGGUGCUCUCCUCUGUCUCAGAUUAUUUUGCUGCCAUGUUUACUAAUGAUGUCAGGGAAGCAAGACAAGAAGAAAUUAAAAUGGAAGGUGUAGAACCAAAUUCACUAUGGUCUUUGAUUCAGUAUGCAUAUACAGGCCGCCUUGAAUUAAAAGAAGAUAAUAUUGAGUCCCUGUUAUCUACAGCUUGCCUUCUUCAGCUUUCACAGGUUGUGGAAGCAUGCUGUAAGUUUUUAAUGAAACAGCUUCACCCAUCCAACUGUCUUGGAAUCCGUUCUUUUGCUGAUGCACAAGGUUGUACAGAUUUGCAUAAAGUGGCUCACAAUUACACCAUGGAGCAUUUCAUGGAAGUGAUUAGAAACCAGGAAUUUGUAUUAUUACCAGCAACUGAAAUUGCAAAGCUCUUGGCCAGUGACGACAUGAACAUCCCUAAUGAAGAGACAAUAUUGAAUGCGCUUCUUACUUGGGUCCGUCAUGAUUUGGAACAGAGACGGAAAGAUCUCAGUAAACUUUUGGCUUAUAUUAGACUACCUCUUCUUGCACCACAGUUCCUGGCAGACAUGGAAAAUAAUGUACUUUUUCGGGAUGAUAUAGAAUGUCAGAAACUCAUUAUGGAAGCAAUGAAGUAUCACCUAUUACCAGAGAGACGGCCCAUGUUACAAAGUCCUCGAACAAAACCUAGGAAAUCAACUGUUGGUACAUUGUUUGCAGUUGGAGGAAUGGAUUCGACAAAAGGAGCAACAAGCAUUGAAAAGUAUGAUCUCCGUACAAAUAUGUGGACUCCUGUAGCAAAUAUGAAUGGGAGGAGGCUACAGUUCGGUGUUGCAGUGUUAGAUGACAAACUGUAUGUGGUUGGAGGAAGAGAUGGACUGAAAACUUUGAACACUGUCGAGUGCUACAACCCCAAAACAAAAACUUGGAGUGUCAUGCCUCCUAUGUCCACACACAGGCAUGGCCUUGGUGUGGCUGUAUUAGAAGGUCCCAUGUAUGCAGUGGGAGGGCAUGAUGGCUGGAGCUAUCUGAACACAGUUGAAAGAUGGGACCCUCAGGCUCGCCAGUGGAAUUUUGUUGCCACUAUGUCUACCCCGAGGAGUACAGUAGGUGUGGCUGUACUAAGUGGAAAAUUGUAUGCAGUUGGUGGUCGUGAUGGAAGUUCUUGUCUCAAAUCAGUAGAAUGUUUUGAUCCUCAUACUAAUAAAUGGACACUCUGUGCACAAAUGUCAAAAAGGAGAGGUGGAGUAGGAGUAACAACCUGGAAUGGAUUACUGUAUGCUAUUGGAGGGCAUGAUGCUCCUGCAUCCAACUUGACUUCCAGACUUUCAGACUGUGUGGAGAGGUAUGAUCCCAAAACAGAUAUGUGGACUGCAGUGGCAUCUAUGAGCAUUAGCAGAGAUGCAGUGGGGGUGUGUUUACUUGGUGAUAAACUCUAUGCUGUUGGAGGGUAUGAUGGACAGACUUAUCUUAAUACAGUAGAAGCUUAUGAUCCCCAGACAAAUGAAUGGACACAGGUUGCUCCACUGUGCCUGGGAAGAGCUGGGGCUUGUGUUGUGACUGUAAAAUUAUAAUUUAGUGCUUUGUUUUCUGGAUAAAGAUCUCCUCCUCUAUGAAUUUAAUUCAGUUGUUCUACAAUCGAUGGAUACAUUUUUUGUAAAUCUGCAGUGCCACAUUCCUGGGCACAAAGUGCCUGAUCUCAAAGAGAAGCUGUUCAAACAAGGGAGGACGGGGUAAAUGAACCAGGAAUGAAAACUUUCAUUUCCUUAGUUAAGUCAGAACUACAGCUGAUUGAUUAUGAACAUAUGUUCUUGAUAUAAAAUGAGGACAAAUGCACUGCUGCCCAACAUAACCCCGUCUUAACUGGGAAUUUCACUUACUCAUAGUCAGACACAUUUUACUCACAUUAUCAAAAUUUCUUUUAUUACAGUGCAAAAAAACACUAGAUAAAAUUUCUGAAGUUUUAUUUUGUACUUUUUUUUAUCAUACAUGAGUUGGAGUCAUUUUUGCUUGUUUGCUUGCUUGUUUGUUUAACCAUAGCCACUAUUUUAAUGGUAUACUGUGCUAUUUAGUAUUUUCAGAAAGAGAUGCAUUAUGUGUACUCUGGUUGUGGAUUUAAUUUCUAAAAUUGGCUUAGUCCUGUGAAUAAAGUAAAACAUUAAAGAGUCAAAAGAAUAACGACCAAAUAAAAACUUCACAUGAUCAUUCCAUUACAUCUAGACUCACCAAGAACUACGUGUUAAUGAUAUUCCUAAAUUGAAAUUAAAAAGUGUUUUACAUUAAAUAUAAGAUAUGCAAAUUUAUGUAGAAAAAGUAAAUGUUAUAUACCCUAUAAUAUUCCUUCACCUAACUAGUAUUUAACUAUAAAGAUUUGUUUUCUUUAUGUUAUCAAAGAUGUUUUAUUAUGUUAUCAAAGAUGUUUUGAUUUUUAUGUUUUAGAUCUUGAUAAAAUUGCUUGGAUAUUCUUAUGUUCUCAGGUCUGUAUUUGCCUCCCCUGCCUUGUUUCUUAUGUUUUGCCAUAAGUAGUAGGAGCCUAUUGUGCUUCUUUAUAAUCAAACAAUUUGGAGGGAGUAGGCCUGUUGAAUAUUUGAAAAAUAAGUUUAAAGUGUUUGUUACCCAAAUUUUUGUACAUUUGUAAACUCUUAUUACAUAUGUGAAUGUUAAUACUCUCAGUGAAUUAUUUAUUGUUUGCAAAAUGCACUGGGCAACAACAUUUUGUGAUAAAUUCUAUAAUAAGUCAUUAACUUAUAUCUUAAUAUAAAAUGAAUAUAAACUUAAUUCCCAUCUUUUAAAUUACAAA